AUGAGUCCUGGGUCGCUCGCCCGGCUGCUCUUCUGGGCGCUGUCCUUGACCCCGAUCUCGGCGGGCCCCCACUCCCUGAGGUAUUUGCACACGGCGGUGUCGCGGCCCGGCCGUGGAGAGGCGCGGUACGUGUCGGUGGGCUUCGUGGAUGACACGCAGUUCUUGCGGUUCGACAGCGACUCGCCGAGUCCGCGGGUGGAACCGCGGGCGCCGUGGGUAGGACAGGAGGGGCCACAGUUCUGGGACGUGCAGACGGAUAUUGCCAAAGUACAUGCACAGACUUGCCGCUCGAAUCUGGUUACUGCGCUUGGCUACUACAACCAGAGCGAGUCGGGUUCUCACACUUUCCAGUGGCUGUCUGGCUGCGACGUGGGACCCGAUGGGCACUUCCUCCGCGGCUACGAGCAGUUCGCCUAUGAUGGAGAAGAUUACAUCUCCUUAAACGAGGACCUGCGCUCCUGGACCGCAGCGGACCAUCCUGCUGAGAUCACCCGGCGCAAGUGGGAGGAGGCCAGAGCUGCAGACCACUACAGGGUAUACCUGGAGGGGGAGUGCGUGGAGUGGCUCCACAGAUACCUGAAGAAUGGCAAGGAGACCCUGCAGCGCGCAGAUCCCCCAAAGUCACAUGUGACCCGCCACCCUACCUCUCACCAUGAGGUCACCCUGAGGUGCUGGGCCCUGGGCUUCUACCCUGCCGAGAUCACCCUGACCUGGCAGCGUGAUGGAGAGGACCUGAUCCAGGACACAGAGAUUGUGGAGACCAGGCCUUCAGGGGAUGGAAACUUCCAGAAGUGGGCAGCUGUGGUGGUACCUUCUGGAGAGGAGCAGAGAUACACGUGCCAUGUGCAGCAUGAGGGGUUGCCAGAGGCUGUCACCCUGAGAUGGGAGCCCCCUUCUCAGCUGAUCACCUCCUUUGUGGGGACCAUCACUGGGCUGGUUCUCCUUGGAGCUGUGAUCGCUGGAGCUGUGAGCUGCAGGAAGAAGCUCUCAGAUGGGAAAAAAAGGAGCUAUAUUUAGAGUGCCAGAGGCGGCAGUGCCCAGGACUCUGACAUGUCUGCCACAGAUCAUAAUGUGUGAGAGAGUUCCAUGUGGCAACUGAGUGGUGCGAGAUUUCUUCAAGCCUCACUUUGUGACUUUAAGAUCUGACAUUUCUUCCUGAGAAGUCAGGGUAUCUGAAUGUGUCUGUGUUUUACAUUAGCAUACUGUAAGGAGGUGGGGAGACAUGCUCAAUGACCCCUGUAUUAUUGUGUGAUGAUAUCACAUGUGUCAUAUGUUUAUUUUUAUUUAUAUAUUUUGUUUUUUUUUUACCUUUUUAUUAAGGUUUAUUAAGGUCCUGGGAUUUAUAAUGCUGUUAAAUAUACUUUCUGUACAUAUGUCAUUUCAAACCACAGCAGGAAGUGCCUGCUUCCGUCCAUCCUCCCAGUCAUCCUUCCCAGCAUUUUAAUUCUUUGUAUU